AUGAGUUCAUCUAGUUGUCGAUUUUAUGAGAACCGCUAUCCCGAAGUCGGGGAAGUGGUCAUGGUGAAUGUCCAAGAGAUUGCAGAGAUGGGAGCAUAUGUAAAAUUGUUGGAAUAUGACAACAUUGAAGGUAUGGUUUUGUUGUCGGAAUUAUCCAGAAGGCGUAUUCGUUCGAUUCAAAAAUUGAUUCGUGUAGGUAAAAAUGAGGUUGCCGUUGUGUUGAGAAUGGACAAGGAAAAGGGAUACAUUGAUUUGUCCAAAAGAGCGGUUUCCGCCGAUGAUAUCGUCAAGUGUGAUGAGCGUUACAAUAAGUCAAGAGCAGUACAUUCAAUCUUGAAGCACUGUGCCGAGAAAUUCAACCUUCCCUUGGAGCAAUUGUACCAAAGUGUUUGCUGGCCAUUGAGUAAAAAAUAUGGUCAUGCUUAUGAUGCAUAUAAGUUAUCUAUUGCCGAUGACUCUAUUUUCGAUGACAUAAAAGCACCUUCACCAGAAGUGUUGGAUGAGUUGAAGUUGUACAUUUCGAGAAGAUUGACCCCUCAACGUAUACAAAUUAGAGCUGAUGUGGAAGUUUCAUGCUUCAGUUACGAUGGUAUCGAUGCCAUUAAAAAAGCAUUGAAGACCGCAGAAGAAGUCAGUACCGACCAAAUGCAAGUGAAGGCCAAAUUGGUGGCUGCUCCCUUGUACUUUAUAUCUCUCGAAGCUUACGACAAGAACCAGGGAAUUGCAUUAUUGGAAAAGGCCAUUGAAAACGUAACCAAGAGCAUCGAAUCAUUUGGAGGUAAUUGUAAAGUUAACAUGGCUCCAAAAGCUGUCACUGCUACUGAAGACGCUCAAUUACAGGCAUUAUUGGAUCGUAAAGAGGAGGAAGAUAAGAUUUCUUCGGACGAAGAAGAUGAUGAAGAGUAA